AUGGAAGAAUUGGAUAUAGUGAUAGUGGGAGGAGGUAUUGCUGGUCUUGCGACGUCCCUUGCUCUUCACAGAAAGGGUAUAAAGAGCAUUGUGUUGGAGAGAUCAGAGUCCGUAAGAUCGGAAGGAGCAGCAUUUGGUAUUCAGACUAAUGGAUGGCUUGCUCUUCAGCAGCUAGGCGUGGCCGAUAAGCUCCGUCUCAAUUCUCUCCCAAUUCAUCAGAUAAGAGAUGUUAUGAUCGAGAAAGGGAUCAAACAAAGAGAAUCAGUCGGACCAGCAUCGUAUGGAGAAGUAAGAGGUGUAAUAAGGAAUGAUAUGGUCCGAGCUUUGGCUCAUGCUCUUCCUAUAGGGACUCUCCGGCUUGGUAGCCAAAUUGUGUCGGUUAAGCUGGACGAAGCUACGGCGUUUCCGAUUGUUCACCUCAGAAACGGACAAGAUAUCAAAGCAAAGGUUUUGAUUGGCUGCGACGGAUCAAACUCUAUCGUCUCUAAAUUUCUGGGACUAAACCCGACUAUAGCCCUUGGUUCUCAGGCCGUGAGAGGGUUCACAAACUAUCCACACGGCCAUGGAUUCCAGCAAGAAUUUAUAAGAAUCAAGAUGGACAAUGUCGUAAGCGGACGACUUCCUAUAACUCACAAUCUCGUCUUUUGGUUUGUUGUUAUGCUGGAGUGUCCCCAAGACUCGAACAAUUUAAAAAAUCAAGAGGAUGUGGCACGAUUGACACUAGCAUUGGUCUGCGAAUUCUCCGACGAAUGGAAAGAGAUGGUAAAGAAGUGCGAUAUAGACUCCUUAUAUAUCAGCCGUUUAAGGUACCGUUCACCAUGGGACGUUAUGUCCAGUAAGUUCCGACGAGGCACUGUGACAGUGGCUGGAGACAGUAUGCAUCUGAUGGGUCCAUUCAUAGGACAAGGAUGUUCGGCUGCGCUCGAAGACGGUGUCGUUUUAGCUAGGUGCUUGUCGAGCAAGUUAAGUCAAGAAGAUAGUAUGAACAAUGUCUCUUCAAGGAAGCAAAUAGAAGAAGCGAUUGAUGAGUACGUUAGAGAAAGAAGAGGGAGACUCGUGGGGCUCUCGACACAGACAUAUCUUACCGGUAGGUUAAUUGAAGCUUCAUCACCGGCAAGGAAGCUCUUGCUUAUAGUUUUACUGAUGAUUCUGUUUCGUGACCAUAUUGGUCACACUCGAUAUGAUUGUGGCCGUCUUUAAUGGGAAACAUAUUAUGGACGUACUGUUUAAGUGAGAGAUUGUGUGAGAUGUUUCAUCGGGGAGUUAAUUAUCCAAAUCGCA